ACUAUCCAAACAUAGUAUUAGACCGUAUGAAAAAUGGUGGAAGUAUGUUUGUAAAGAAUGCUGCCAGUACUUUAGUUUUUACACUACUAAACAUACCAGACCAAACAGAGAUAGUAGUUAAACUAUCAAAAUCCUUGUUAACAGAUUUAGAUGCAUUAUCACAAAAUACCUCAAAAUCUAAAAAUAUGGACUAUAUAUCCUGUAUACUGUCAUUGUUUUAUGAACUUGGUGACUCUGACAACUGGAGACUGAAAAUUGAUACUGAUUACUUCUCACAAGUUAUAUAUUCCUGUUUAAAACUAUAUCAAACUUUACCUCUGUUAUAUAUACAGAUAUUAUCAGAUGUUAUAGUCAAGUUUUUCAAAGUGAUAGAUGGUAAAGACAGAGAAGAGUUUAUCAAUAAAGUUGAAAAUGAUAUCAAACUAUUGGUGAGAGUUGAUGUGAUGAAAUCUCACCAUGCUGCCUGUUAUUUAAUUCAAAUAUGUCCAAGACUAGAACAUGUAGCUUCUAUACCAAGUGAUAUAAUGUUUAAUCAAAAUAAUGAUUAUCUAAAUACCAAGUCAGUGAUAUCUAAAACAGUAUUAUCAUCAGUUAUUGUACAGUAUUUAUCAUGUGAUAGUAAUACAGUUAACAUAUUAUUCUUUUAUCAAUUUAUUAUAGAAUGA